AUGAUAUUUAAUUAUAAGCUGUUUAGAUUAAUAAAUCAACGAAAUUCAAGACAAUUCCUAACUUUGCGUAAUUUUAACAGAAUCGGUAAAGACCAAGGUGUUAACUUAGUAAAAUCAGAUUUCAAGGAUUUUGACAAAAACAACUCUAAUGUCUCGACUGACGUGAUAGAAUAUACAAGAACUAAACUAUCAUUAAAGGAAGCUGACGGAUUUGAGAAAAGUAAAGAUCUUUUGAAGCAACAAAAAGAAUUUAGUGAUGCAGAAACUACUAGAUGGAUAAAUGUUGAAGGUAGAAAUAUACCAUUAUUGAGAGAGAUAGCAUUAAAAUUCAAUUUACAUCCAUUGUCAAUUGAAGAUGUCAUAUUCGGUAACCAUGCAACUCGUCCGAAAGCUGAAUAUUUUAGUAAUGCUUUAUUUGUUACCUUACCUCUUCAUAGUUUAGGUGAAAAUAACAUAAAUCAUCCAACGGAGAUGCACUCGUUAAUGAAGAAAGCUGGAAAAUUUUCAAAAAAACCUCAGGCUUACAAUGACAAAGGUGAAUUACUGAUAGACAUUCAAUUACUAUCAAUAUUCUUGUUAAGGGAUGGUACAAUUAUUAGUAUAUUUGAAAGGCCUCAACCAAAUGUUUUAGAGCCCCUUGUUGCUCGUGUUAAAGAAGAAGGUACAGUCGUUAGAGAUUCUUCUGACGCUUCUAUGUUAUUACAAGCGUUGUUGGAUGUUACAGUGGACCACGCUAUAAACGUAGUUACGGCAUUGGAGAAAAAGUUGGCAAUACUUGACGAACAAGUUUUAGAAGUCCCUACAAUGGAGACAAUUAGAUCGUUACAUAGAUUAAGAGGCCAGUUCCUAGAAUUAAAAAGGACUCUUACACCACUGCAUAAUCUCAUCUACACUUUAAAAGACCUUGAUGGUCAGAAAGCUGCAUUCACUGGAAAUUCACCCUCACAAGGUUUCAUGUCUAUACAAGCAAGGACUUAUUUACAAGAUGUUGCAGAUCACGUCGAUUGGUUAUUAUCAGCAUUGGAUAUGUUUUCUUCAUUAUCAGAAAACUUGGUUUCUUUAAGCUUCAACAGUAGUAGUUUCAAAUUAAAUGAAACAAUAAAAACCUUAACCGUAUUCUCUGUUAUCUGUAUGCCACUUUCACUAAUUACAAGUUACUUUGGUAUGAAUUUUGAAAAAUUUCCAUCAUUGGUUAACGACGUCAAUUACUUCUGGUGUUUGGCCGCAAUAACUUGCUUUGUCACAACUGCAGGUAUCUAUAUACCACAACUUAAAUCUAAGAUGCUGGCUCGAAAGCUAAUGCAUAGAAGGUCGGAGAUUUUGAGAGGUCACAAGUGAUAGAGACGAAAUACGAUUAUACUAGUGGAUUUAUGGAACUUUGAACUUCAAUUUAGCUGGACAAUCAUCACGACCACUCAAGGAGAAAGGAUAAUUAUAAUAUUAAUUUUCUAUACCAUGAAUAAAAC